AUGUCCGAUCUAGAUCAGGAUAUUGUCCCUAUUCCCCGUUCGCGGGAGGAGAAUCAGGAGCGUGCAUUCAUUGCCGCUUCAAGGCGGAAGGAUCGUAGUCUCGAUGCUCGCUUGGAAUCUGCCAACCGCGCUUCCAUGUUGCACAGGAAGCGCACUGGCAAAGCUUUCCACAUCACCAAGGAGAUCGUUGAGAAAGAAGCUAUGUAUGAAGAGGUCGACGAACGCUAUCAAGAAAAGCGGAUCCGCAUGUUGCAAGCCCAGAAUAUGCAGAUUGAAGAGCAGUUCCACCGUCAUCUACUGGCUGCCUUUGCCGCCCGGGCUAAUAGCUCGGGAUCAGCUGCCUCAUCCAUCGCCAGCCGACGAGCCAGUCAUGCCCCCCGUGCUUCUGUCGAGGGCUCCGCCUCAUCUCGCAAGAUGAGCCUGGACCUUACCAACCUACGCUCACCUUUCCCCCACGCCAUGGACUCAGGCUCCCUGACCAGCCCUGCCAUGACCGCCGAUGGAUAUAUGCUGUCCCCGUCAACUACCACCUUUGAAGGUGCCCAGUCUUAUAUGCCCUUCGACGGCUCAGAGGGCACCCCCUACACCAUGAUGAGCAGUUCAUCCGGGCUCCCCGCCUACGUAUCACAAACACCUACGCCAGCCUGGAACCACCAGAUGGCACCGUCAUGGGCAAUGCAACAGCACGUCCCAACCCCCAAUCACACCCCUACAGAUUCCCACUCCGUGCACAUGUGGCAGCAACAAAUGAUGCAGCAGGCCCAGAUGCCCACUGACACAGCCUCCACAAUGCACAUGCGCCAGUUCCGAGAUCGUCUCGCCUCCGCUCCCGAAUUUCCCCUAACUCACGCCGCCGUUCACCCGCCCACGGCAACGGCAUCUAUCUCUGGCCCCAGUGGCCAUUCUCGUGGCCACUCCCAGCCCAGUAACCAGUUCCACAACCUGCACCUCCUUACUCAGAGUACGCAUCUUGCGACCUCUGUGGCUCCUUCCAGCAACAACUCGCCGAAGAUCGAGUCCCUGUCUGCUGAAACGCAGUCUACAGUGGAUUUCUGUCCUACCCCUAGUACCCCUCUCUCGCCUACAGCGGUGACCGCUCAGAAUGCUAAGAAUGAAGAGGGCGUUAUGGUUUCUCACGAGGAGCUGGAUCCGGAUUUUAAUGAAUUCAGCCAGUUUGCUCUUGGAUUAGGAGACUCGUCACUCCAGGACCGGGAGCCAUUCGGAUUCGAAGACUUUGUCACCCUGGAUGAAUUCGCUACAGUAUCCUGUUAA